GCAAAUUCAAAAGUGUUAAAAUUCCAGUGUUAGUGUUGCUAGUUAAAAAUACAGUGUCAGUUCAACACUUGUUUAGUUUAAUUCAACUACCUGAGAGUUAGUCCCUCAAAAGAGUUGGUGAUAAUACACAGAGUUACAUUUAAACAACUCUGUAAAGUGUUGAUUUUAAAAUCAACACUUAAUAGAGUAACUCCCAGCAUUCCAACGUAUCUGUGACGUGUUUGCCUAAAGAGCGGGACGGAUAGAGCGGCUGCAGCGGAGCACAACUGUCUUUUCCCUUGUACAAAUGAGGAUCUUUGUGCGCUUAAAUGAAUGUCGGCACGUUUAAUUAAUAACACUUCUAUGCAAUAGUAUUUUAUUUGUGACAACAAUAGGUGUCGCUGAAACCUGUCUGCAGCUAACAUCGCGGCAAGGUAAGUUAGCAUGAUUGUUGUAUGCUAUUUGUCGCUUUUGCACACAAGUGUCGAUAAAUAUACAAACAUAUGUGUAACCUACAUGAAUACACAUUUGUUUAACAUGCUACAUUUGCACAGCUGCACAUUUUGUAAGGGGUCAGAGUUUGCUAAAGUGAUGUAACACGUGCAUGGCAGGUUAACCAAAUAUUUCCCAGAAAAAAAUCUGAAGGCCACUUGUCAUUUCGACAAUCAAAUCCAUGUCAAGUUGGUGAGGAGUGCAAUUAGCUUUGAUCUAGUCUUGUCGAAUGGUUGUUGGCAUUACAUGGAGCGGGGGUGGGGGUUCGGUUGAGCUGCUGCUGCUUGCCCGAGACAGCUGCUGCAGACUUCCUGCUGUAUUCUUCCACCGGAGGAACACCUCCACACACCGGGCCACCACACCAGCCACGCCAAGCAUUGCUUCGUUUAAAACAUUUUAAGUUUAAAAAACGCUAACUUUUCAAGCUAACGUUACCGCAGCCACACAUGCUGGUGAAUACCACUUACGUAGCUGUGCAUCUUAACGUCGCUGCCACGUUUAUGUCUCAGGGCGACGUUAUUUUGCUAAGCUAACGGAGCAUAGUUGAUAGUGUACCGCUGUUUACGGGUAAGUGUGGGUGUUUAUAGCAGAAUAACUAGCGAGCCGUCAUUCUAGCAAGCAGGCCAAGCUUCAGUAGCACGUCACUGUGCUGGUGGCUCCCAUCGUCCAGGUAGCAAGUAAUGCUAAAACUUAAAACGAAUACUCAGAGUCUAGUAAAGCUAGGCAAAAUGUUCCUGCCUCUACACAUCCAUGGUGAUCAUAGUGUAAAUGAUGGCACAGUGUGGAUGUCUUUUGUCCUUUUUUCUUCAUAGUGCAUCAUGUUGGUUAAGGUGCGAUUUGGUGAAACACAGAAGUAUGUCAGAGUGGCUGAGACUGAAGAUGGCUAUGAUGAUUUCAACACAUUUCUUCAAAAAGUUAUUCAAAAGUUAGAUCUUCCACUUGAGACUGAGCUGCACUUGACAGAUGAAUCAGGGACAGAAGUUGAUGCAGAUGUGUUUGAGGAGCUCUUGCAGGCAGGGAACCUCACUGUUAGGGUGGCAUUGGAAAAGUCAACAGUUGUACUUCAGCAUGAUCUUUCAUAUACUUCGCUGGAGUCACCCAUGUCAGACAGCUCAUCUGGGUCAGUGUCAGGAGUGUCCUCGCUAGCAUCCUCUGAUUCAUCAGAUGCAACAGUGAUUGUUCAUACAAACGGAGGGAGGAGAACCCAUGCUGAACGGGAAUCAGCAAAAGAGAUGGUGAGAAAUGCUCUGAAGGCUAAACCAGGUGGACAGUUUAUUUUGGAUGAAUAUGACAAAAUGAAAACAUUGAUGGAUAGCACAAGGAGAAAGUUGGUAAACCUUCUUGUGGCCAACAUGGUUGAAAUUCAUGGGAGGAGCCCACCCAUCUCUGUUCGAAGUACAUGUGCUCUAGGCAUCAUCUCUCUAUUUCCCAGCCUCAGAGAUCCAUAUUCGGACAAGGGAUAUGAACACUUCUAUGACCCAGAGAGUGGAUCUGGCUACUUGGCCUGGAGGAUAAAGACUGUUCAGCGCAACACUGCAGCUCAGCCCCAGAGAUGCUCCACAAGCACAACCUAUCAAGAUAGUCCAAAGAGAAAGAGGGAUGUUCUCUGCACUGAUAAGCAGCUGCUUGGUGAGCACUGUCAUGAAGCAAUAUCCUUUUUGAAACAUUCAACUGAUGAAUCAGCCAUCAAAGAGCGAAUGAGGGCCACAUUUCAGUACCGUCAAACACUGGUUCAAGAUCAGCAGUGCUCUUCGACAGUCUUUGACAUCUUCCCACGAUUCCUCGACAUCACUGGCUUGAUUGAACAAGACUUCACCAUGAUGUUUGGAGAGGAAGUGUCGGGCAGAUUUUUGGCAAAAUGGCCUACCUUUUUCAAGCCUAGAAUCCUGGCAGACUGCAAAAAACUGACUUCUAAUGAGCACAUUGAAGAACUCAUGUCAUUGCAGCAUGACUCAGGCUGGGACAGUGAUCUGUCCAGCAUUCUUCUGUUGGUUCACCUGCUUCCUCCCACCCCCAAAGGCCACAAGAAGAGUGCUAAAAUCAGCCCAUGCCAGGCUGUUGACCAUGUUGUGAGAUAUUUGCAGAUGGGAGCCAGUGUUGAAACCUUCCUUGCUGGUGUGGAGCCGGGCCAGCCCUUCCUCCUUGGUGUUGGUGAAAAGAAGAGCAGCAUCCAAAGAUACUAUGUCAUCAUUGAUCACAAGGCCAUCCCUUGCAAGGCACAGACAUCCCUUGCAGCUUUCGAUGAGCUCUUCAAAGCACACUUCAUCUUCAGCGUCAGUUACCAUGAAUCCCUCUACAACUUCUAUACGUUCAUCCAAACCACAGUUUUUAACAUUGACAUCGGAAAGGCUAAGGAAACUCCCAGAGUCAAGGAACUAAGAGCAAGAUUUUUUCAUGAUGCUUGAGGGGAUAAAUAUCCAUGGAUGCAAAUAUUUUUCUUUGUUAUGUCUGUAAGGCAUGCCACAAAAGUUCUGCACUGCUUUGUCAGCAUUUAAGACUUCACCAUGGUCUAUAUCCUGGAAAGACAUUACGCUUAAAAUGUGGACAGCCAGGAUGUUCUUCUUUGUUUUGCACUUAUUCAGGUUUCAAGAAGCAUCUUGUUCAUUUCCACAGAGAUGUUGCUGUGACUAAUACUGCUGACAAUGUGGACACUCAGAAUGAAGUUGAUGAGCCCUCAACUUCACAGACAGUCACCAAAGCCUCUCCAACAACUACCCAGCUCUCUGUUGACAAUGAUCAUGUGUUAAACAUGUGUGCUUCUGUUGUAGCACAGUUGCAAGCAUCUGGUGUUGCUGAGAGCACAGUCCAAGCAAUGGUGGGAUCCAUGGAGGACCUUGUAAAUGACAUUAAUAGACAAGCAAGAGAGGCAGUUCUCAGCUGUUCUUCAGAAAUUCAAGGUACGGAUUUGGAAAAGAAGGUGGAAAAGUGCUUUGAUCAACUAGGAAAUCCUUUCUCAUCCUUGAACACAAGAGUAAAACGUCAGAAGUUCUUUGAGGACAAAUGGGAAAUUGUUGAGCCUGUCGAAUAUGUUCUUGGGGUGCGAUUUGAUGUUCGCAGAGAUCAAACAACUGGCGUUUACUGUCAGGUCCCUGUAACAGAUAAAUUUGUGUACACACCCAUCCUGGGAACUCUUAAGUCAAUGUUCAAGAACACUGAAUUAUGUGAAAGUUUCUUCCAAGCCAAACAUCACGAAGAAGGCAUUUAUAAAGACAUAUGUGAUGGUUCAUACUUCAAGAGUAACAUUUUGUUUUCUCAGAAAAAGCAUGCUCUACAGAUUCAACUUUAUUUUGACGAGUUUGAGACAGCAAAUCCCUUAGGUUCAAAGAAAGGUAUUCACAAACUCGGUUGUAUUUACUUUAUAUUGAGGAACCUGCCCCCAAAAUAUAAUUCUGUGUUGAUGAAUAUACAUGUUGUGGCACUCUUUCACUCACAAGAUCUGAAGACUUAUGGGUUUGAUGAGAUCCUAAAGCCUCUUGUUGACGAUCUUAAAAUACUUGAAACACAAGGAAUUGAGGUGCCUUUCUCAGACUCACCAUUACUUGGUUCUGUUAUACAAGUAACGGGUGACAACCUAGGUUUACAUGGACUGUUCGGUUUUGUUGAGUCCUUCAGUGCUACAUAUUUCUGUAGAUUUUGUUUGACAAGUAAGGAUGAGUCACAGUCUGUCUUUACUGAAGAUGACCCUGGCAUGAUUUUUCGUACAAAGGAAAUCCAUGCAAAACACUGUGCAGCUCUACAUGAAAAUCCUAUGUUGAGUUCCACAUUUGGUGUCAAAAAGACAUGCUUGCUCAAUACAUUGCAUUUUUUCCACACCUCUGACAACUAUGCAGUUGACAUAAUGCACGAUUUACUUGAAGGUGUAGUACAGUACGAACUCAAACUUGUCUUUCAGUACCUUGUAAACCAGAAGUAUCUGUCUUUGGAAUCAUUGUCACAGAGGAUCCAAACUUUCAACUAUGGUUAUAUUGAGAGAAAAAAUAGACCAAGUGGGUUGAAAAUGGAUGAGGCUAGCAAGGAUCUUGGAUUAAAUGCAAUUCAGUCAUGGUGUCUUGUAAGAAAUACUCCUCUUAUUUUUGGUGAUGUAUUGGAAAGAAAUAACUGUUACUGGAAUCUGCUCCUCCUCUUGAUUCAGAUUGUGAAUAUAGUUUUUUCACCCAUUGUAACUAACGGUAUGACAUACUAUUUGAAGCACUUGAUUAAGGACCACCAUAAGCUAUUUAAAUGUUUGUUUUCACAAAAAAGAUUGAUUCCAAAGCAUCAUUUCAUGCUACAUUAUCCACGUUGUAUUCGAAAAAUAGGUCCACUCCUUCAUGUAUGGUGCAUGAGGUUUGAGGCCAAACACAACUUUUUCAAAAGAUCAGUGAAAAAUUUCAAAAAUAUCACAAAAUCAUUGGUGAAACAACACCAGAGACAGUUAGCUUACCACUGGGAGAAUUUUAAUUUUCAGAGGUUUGAGUUUGGUCCAGUGAAAAACGAAACCAUUGAUCGCCUCGAGGGAGGUGAGGUUUUAAGUUCUGUUUUUGAUGUUAAUUUAUAUUGUGAAGUGUCAACCACGAAUUGGGUGAAGAACUAUGGAACAGAAUAUCAGAUUGGUAUGUUUAUUUGUACUGGAACAAAAAUGGAAAUACCUAUUUUCAGAAAGAUCACCAACAUCAUUGUGCAUGAUGGGCAAGCUUUCCUUUUGACUUGCAGAGUGGACACUCUUUAUUUUGAUGAUCAUUUCAAUGCAUACUGUGUUGAUGAGAGAGCAGAUUCAUUUUCUGUUUUCCCAGUUAAGGAACUGAUUUAUCACAGACCCUAUGACAAACAGUUUUCUAAUGAGAUGUGUGAAAAAAUAUACAUUGUGCCACACUGUCAUAUUUUGUGACCUGUGUUGUAUUGCAAAGCAGUGCUGUUUUUAUGUGGUGUGCUUGUUUGAAAUACAGGCUGAUUCAAACUGCAA